GUUCUUCUUUGUUCAGUCGGUGCAAGGACAUCUAAACAACGAAUCGAGUCGCAAGACAUAACCGAACAGCACAAGAUACCCCGGGAGCAGCAUCGGAGCGAAAGAAACCACCACAACUUAUUCAUCAUGGGAAACUCAAUGUCAUGGUUUUCCAACCUACUGUUCUCGAAAAAGGAGAUUAGAAUAUUGAUUCUUGGCCUGGACAACGCAGGCAAGACCACUUUGUUAUACCGACUCAAGGUUGGCGAGGUCGUCACAACGAUACCCACGAUCGGGUUUAACGUCGAAUCUGUCACAUACAAGAAUCUUAACUUCAAUGUCUGGGAUCUCGGUGGUCAAACAAGCAUCCGGCCAUACUGGCGGUGUUACUAUGCCAACACGGCAGCUGUCAUCUUCGUCGUAGACUCCACCGAUAUCGAGCGAUUACAUACGGCUUCAGAAGAGCUGUCGGCCAUGUUGAACGAGGAGGAGCUCAAGGAUGCGGCGCUGCUAGUGUUUGCCAACAAGCAGGACCAGCCUGGUGCCAAGGGCGCGGGCGAGAUCUCGGAAGCGCUGCGCCUGGGUGAGCUCCGAGAUCGCAACUGGAGCAUCAUGGCCUGUUCGGCGGUCGACGGUAGCGGUGUGAACGAGGGUAUGGACUGGCUUGUGCAAACCGUCAACCAGGACUAAAGCCCAAUCAUGAUUUCUUCUUCUGCCUCGGUUUGGCAUUGUAUAACAGACGACAUGAAAUGAUAGUACCACCUCACCUUUCCGUCGCAACCCGGUAGACAGCGUGUGCAA